AUGCGUGGUGGUCGAUGUCCUGAUACUCUCUCUAUAGAUGAGGCGUUUGCCCACCAGUGGGAUGAAAAUGGAAGUGAAUGUCCACUCACGUACCAGUUAAUCAUUCACCAUAAACGGACACACGUACACUUUGAUUCCACGAGUGCUCUUAUACGUAAGACUAUGUGCACGUCACCGGUGCCCGAUGGCACGCGCCAGCUGAUCGCAGCCAAGCAGAACGCGGUUCGAUUCCAGGCGCACUUCACGGCUUUUGAACUCGACUCCGAGCGAGCUCAGCGAUACGCGACCGCGCUGUGGAUCGUUUGUUCAGCG